UCAACCCAUCAAUAUAUAUAUGUAGAGAUCGGGUCAAGCAUAUCUAAGAGUCCGAACCCCCGGCCCGAUUGUUUCGGGUCUAAUCCUUACCGCAUGAGUCCGAACCCGUGCAAGCCCGACGGACUACCCGACACAUGAACAGGUAUACUAUUUACUAAACAGUGGUCAGUGGGAGCUUAGCUGCUUAGGUCACCGGAGUAGCAGAGAAAUGGAGGGAAAAAACAACGCCGCUGAAGGAGCAAGUGGUGGCGGGAUGAUCAUGGCGUGGUUGAAUAAGCAUCAUACAAUUUAUUCUAGAGCAACCAGACACCCUUUCAUCCUCAGUACCAGAGACGGAACGGUUGAUCUUUCCUCGUUCAAGCGAUGGCUGGAACAGGAUUACAUAUUUGUUAGAGAAUUUGUACCUUUUGUAGCAAGUGUUCUUUUGAAGGCUUGGAGGGAAUCAGAAGAUGGUUCUGAUAUGGAAGUGAUAUUAAGUGGUUUAGCUUCUCUUAAUGAUGAGAUUUCUUGGUUCAAGAAGGAGGCCUUGAAAUGGGGAGUCCUGCUUUCUGGCACUUCCCCUCAAAAAGCAAACCAAGAUUACUGCAGAUUUCUUGAAAGCUUGAUGAGCUCAGAGAUCAGCUAUACUGUAGCUAUCACAGCUUUCUGGGCCAUUGAAGCAGUUUACCAAGAGAGCUUUUCUCUCUGUCUAAAACAUGGCUCCAGAACUCCAGCGGAGCUGAUGGAGACUUGUCAAAGGUGGGGCAGUGACAGUUUUGGACAGUAUUGCCAUUCUCUUCAGAUGAUUGCUAAUAAACGUUUGGAGAAAGCACCAGACUAUAUACUUGGGAAAGCUGAAGAAGCAUUUCUAUCUGUUCUUGAACAUGAAAUCGAAUUUUGGAACAUGAGUAAUGGUGAGUGGUAAUUCAGGUAAGUUACUAAUGGGGCAAUUAGAAGCAAUGUACAUGAAAUCAUCUCACCUUUUCUUUUCAUUGCAUUUGCAGGCAUAUAGAUUCAUUAUUUAAAAUGUUUUCAGCACUGCAGAGUGGGCAAUGGAAAAAUGAGUUGGUUUUUUACCUUGAAGAAAUGAAACCACACCCUCUAAAUCAAUGUUCAGUUGAUGACUCCAUUUUAGGUAAUGAACUAAUGCAGAAAGAUGCUUUAAGAUAACAAAUUGGAAUGGCUUUAUUCCACGUAUGACGUAUCCCAAAAUAAAUCCUUGUUUUUCAUCA